AUGACGCAACAGUGGACCGUGCGCGAGGACAAGGAGUUGCUGCAGUUGAUCGAUAAAUACGGCGCGAAACGGUGGAGUUACAUCGCGAGUUUAAUGCGUCACAGACGCGGAAAGCAGUGUCGAGAUCGUUACCUGAACCACCUUCGACCCGGAAUCAAGACUGGGGAGUGGAGCAAGGAGGAGGAGCUGAUCCUCGUCGAGGGGCACAAAGUGCUGGGCACGAAGUGGGCCGCGCUCGCCAAGCUCUUGACCGGACGACCGGAGAACGCCAUCAAGAAUCACUGGCACGCGACGCUUCGAUGCAAG